AUGGUAUUGCUCGCAGAGAAGAAGAGGCUGCAAAGCGAAGAUCAUAUUUGGUUUGGACGAUACAAUAGUCAAGAAUUCAUCUACAUCCCUGCCGGCCACAAGAAGAAUUUGAUUAUGUUCAGAGGAUACACGUUUUCAACUUAUGGCAAAAACCUCUGGUAUUGUUCAAAAAUUAAGUUCGGAUGCAAAGCUAAGCUCAAAUUAGAUGACAAAGAGCGAAUCAUUUACGCUCGUGAUAUACAUUGUCACGAACCUCCGGAAUACUGCGUGACUAGUUCUGGCAAAUAUAUUUUAGUACACACUGUUUAUGUAAAAUCGGACACCGGAAAAAUAUCGUAUAUAAUUAUACCAUCGCAAAGAGGCGGCAAAGCUAUGUUGUACAAUGGCUUCAGAUUUAAUGUUAAGAGGGAGAAUAAACAUGGCAACACAGUUUGGUGUUGUGCUAAGAAACACAUAUGUAAAGGAUCUGUUAUAACUUGUGGUGAUACUGUGAUAGUUAAAGAAACCAAACAUACCUGUCAACCAGAUGAAACUGUAAAUCAGAUAAAACUGAUGCUUCAAAGGUGUAUAGCGAAAUGCGAGGCAGAUUUUAGACCGGUCAAGUCGAUCUAUGAUGCAGAAGUUGAGGAAUUUAAGCAAACGCACACAGAUAUUGAAGCAAAGAUACCAAAAUUUGAUAGCGUGAAGAAAAUUUUAUAUAAAUACAGAAAUAAAGCAUUGGAAGAUAGUGGAAGAAAACUGAAACAAUAUAUUUAA